AUGCAGGGCGACUACAAUGCAGCCGUAGCGGCAUUGAACACGCUGCAGAGCAACUUUUCCAUCGUCGACGCUAUCCGCAAGUCUGGAAGGGGAAUGAACAAGAAUGCCAUCCCCGAGAUGGUCGAAUGGGUCAAGAAGCUGGGCUACGAGCCCGCCGACUUUGACAGACUGAAGGCCGUCCACGUUGCCGGAACAAAGGGCAAAGGCUCGACCAGCUCCUUCGUCUCAUCAAUCCUCGGCCAAUACGUCGCAGAAGGCAAAGUCACCAAGACUGGUCUCUACACUUCACCCCACUUGCGAUUCGUGCGCGAGCGCAUCCAGAUCGACAACAAGCCCCUGACUGAAGAGCAAUUCGCAAAAUACUUCUUCGAGACGUGGAACAGACUCGAGGCUGCCGCCAAAGCUGCUGGCCAUCAAGAUCCCACCAGCAAGGAGACCAAGCCCGUCUACUUUCGCUUCUUGACCUUGAUGGCGCUCCACACGUACAUCAGCGAAGGCGUGGAUGCUGCUGUCAUCGAGUGCGGUAUUGGAGGCGAGUUCGACAGUACCAACAUUCUCGUAAAGCCCAGCGUCACAGCUGUCACGAGCUUGGGCAUAGACCAUGUCGCCAUGCUGGGCGAUACAAUCGAUUCCAUUGCCUGGCACAAGGCCGGUGUCUUCAAACCCGGCGUCCCUGCUUUCUCUGCCUCUCAACCCGAAGAAGCCAUCCGCGUCCUUCACGAACGCGCCGCCGAACGCAAUACCCACCUCGAAGUUGUCAACGUCCACCCUGAACUCGACAACAUCAAGCUCGGUCUCGCCGCAGACUUCCAAAAGACAAACGCCUCAGUCGCCAUUGCUGCUGCAGCUGCAUACCUGCGUCGUGCAGGCGUCGAAGACCUACCCACGCCUACAUACCUACCCACCCUCUUCCGCAAAGGCCUCGAAGACGUCCAUCUCGGCGGCCGCUGCGAAACACGCACAGACACCACAACUCCCAACCUGAAAUGGCACAUUGACGGCGGCCACACACUCGAAAGCAUCGAGCUAGCCGCUCGCUGGUUCGGCAGUCUCAUAUCCUCUUCUCCAAACUCGUCUACUCGUAUCCUGAUCUUCAACCAACAAACCCGUGAUGCUUCUUCGCUGGCGCUGAAACUGCAUGAAACUCUUGCUUCUGCCUUGGCAGAUCAAAAGCCAUUCUCUCACGCCUUUNUCUGCACCAACACUACCUAUGCUGAAUCGGGAUUCCGUCCCGAUCUCACGAGCAUCAAUACCAAUGCUUCCGAUGUAGAGACUUUGAGUGUGCAGAAUGCCCUCGCCGAAACUUGGAGAGGUGUAGACCAAACUUGCAAUGUGCGUGUGCUCAGAACCGUGGAAGAAGCCGUCAAGGCUGCGAGAGAAGUGGCCGGAGAGCAGAAAGAAGAAGUCAUGGUUCUUGCUACUGGUAGUCUGCAUUUGGUUGGCGGUGUAGUCGAGGUACUCGAGGGCGGAAACGCCUAG